UCUUUUAUGCCCCUUUUCAAUUCCCCUACCACCUGUAUAUACUCUGCCCAUUUGCUGCCGCCGCCGUUGUUCCUCAGCUGCGCCACCAAUUUUAACGCCGUUUUCUGAGAAGAUGAUGACGGGAGAGGAGGGACAGCCAUUACCUUAUGUAUCGGAGAUAGUGUUGAAGAAAAGGAAAAUUAGAGAUGAGUUAGCUGUUACGAGGAGGACCCAGUUGGAGCUGGGUAAAAAUGGAGCGAAGAAAAGCAAGAAGCAAUCUGAUGUUUCUGACAUCAAAAGACCCGAACAGUUCAUAAAAGAGUUCAGAGACAAGGAGUUGGAUCUGAUCAGAAUGAAACAGAGGGCAAAGAGGCCAAAGUCGAUGAUACCAAAACUGAGGUCAAAGUUACUUUUCAUCAUCCGUAUACAAGGCAAAAAUGAUAUGCAUCCAAAAACUAGGAACAUCUUGUACAGGCUGAGAUUGAGGAAAGUUUUCAGUGGUGUCUUUGUGAAGGCAACUGAGGGUGUGAUGGAGAUGCUGCAGAAGGUGGAGCCGUAUGUCACAUACGGAUAUCCUAAUCUUAAGAACGUCAAGGAACUGAUUUACAAGAAGGGAUAUGCAAGGAUUGACAAGAAAGCAGUACCUCUGACGGAUAACAACAUCAUCGAACAGACUUUGGAGAAGUAUGGAAUUAUAUGCAUAGAAGAUAUUGUACACGAAAUCUCGAAUGUCGGUCCACAUUUCAAGGAGGUUGUUCAUUUCAUGGGACCUCUGAUGCUGAGCAAGACAGAAGAUGAGUUGAUCAAAGGGAAGAAACAGCCAUACAAAGAAGGCGGAGAUACCGGAAACCGUGAAGAUGAAAUCAAUGACCUGAUUAGUAAGAUGAACUAGGUCGAAAUUGAAUAUUUUAGUUCCUUCGUAUCGGUAUUUUUUUUUGUUUUUUGAAAAUCGUAUCAGUAAGUUUUGAUGAGUGGAAUGUGCCUAGUUUUGAAUUGACUUUUGUUUUCAUUAUAAUCAAUGCUAAUUUACCGUUUAUUUUUUGUUG